UCCAAACGGCAUCAAGAGUGUCAAGUGGCACCAAAAUGAAAAGGGGCCGGUGUUGUGGUUCGUGUUGUUUCGUACCUAAACGGUCCAAAAAUGAAACUACACACGUCGAGGAAAAUUUCGUGCCGCUAGCAAACACUACAUUAAGGAGCCAGCGAGGUUUUUCCGGCACCCUCAUUUGCUGCGGGGUAUUUUUGGCUGCGAUUCAUCGUUGCCCAAGUGCAUGGAGUACGUGUGUGAAUUAGCCUUAAACGUAUUUUUUUUUACUUGUGUGGGAUUAUUAAAAGGCACUGAAACACGUAUGGGAAAUGUAUUACAGGGAUGUUUUACGCGUUUACUAUCAAGGGUAAAUGCGAUAGUCCGAAAAGAACAAUCUUUGCAAGACACUGAGAACAGCCUUAUUUAUUCGGAAGACUUCAAGGAUAGACUGCAUGCCGGUUCGAGCAUCGUUAUAAGAGCAAAAGUGAAGCCGGAAUGCAAAAGGUUUAUAGUGAAUCUAAUGUUGGUGACAGCGUCAAAGUGUGACAUCGGAUUUCAUUUCAACCCCAGAUUAGCUUUAAGAUACGUGGUGAGAAAUUCUCGAAUAAACAAUAUAUGGGGAGAAGAAGAAACUACCUCCGUCGGAAAAGUAGAAUUUUCGAGAAACGAACAAUUUGAAUUGAACAUUGUGUGUACCGAGCGGGAAUUUUUCGUAUCCCUCGAUGGCAAACACAUUUGCGCUUUCGUUUACAGAAUUCCACUGGAGAAUAUAAACAGGAUACAAGUGGAGGGCCCGGUCGACGUUAACGAAAUCGAAUAUAAACAAGUCGAAGUUUACCCGGAACCUUCCCCUCACAUCGUUCCUUUUAGUGUUCCCACGGGGAGCUGCGAUAAUACAGUGGCAGAUCAACAACUGGAAAUACCGAUAACGGCCAAUCUGGAUCUCGGUUUCAAGUGCGGCUGGCAGCUGGAAAUUUCCGGAAGAGUUAAAAUCCUGCCGUCUUCGUUUUAUAUUAAUCUACAGGAGGGACGACAUUUAUGGCCGCAUCCCGUAAUCCCGUUGCAUUUAAACCCUCGAUUUUAUACUUCUUACGGAAACCAUUUGUUUGUGCGGAACAGCUGGACGAACGGAGAUUGGGGCGCCGAGGAGCGGACUCCGGGUUUCCAGUUUACUCCUGGGUCCCCGUUUAAUGUGGCAAUAAGGAAAAUGGACGAUCAUUUUUCCGUAUGGGUGGACGGCAACCUGGCUGGCGAAUUUAACUUUCGAACCCCAGUCGACAAUAUCGAUACCGUUUUUAUACACGGCGACGUUCAAGUGUUCAGCGUUUACUUAAAGGACCACGUGGACGAUAAAUACUUUUCGAAGAGUAGAGAGAAGAUACAUUGUUUGUAACUACAAAAUAUUUGUCAAUGUUCACGCUUUAUUCUUCCGGAGAUGCUUUUACCGAUGUACAAUAAUUAUCGUUUUUAAGCCAAUAAACACAGCUAUAAUAGUAGUGUAGUGUAUUUAAUC